AUGCCUGAGCGGGUCGUGAGGUAUCAUGACGGCCAUUUGGCGGAUCGCUUGCACCUAAGCCCUUGUCGUGUACAGGAGCACGUGAAAUGGGUAAUCAAGGGCCCAAAAGCCACCCCAUUGCAGCUGUCAUGUGUCGUCAAGCCCACCCCAUUGCAGCUGUCAUGUGUCGUCAAGCCCACCAUCUGGGCGUCCCCUUGGGAGAAAGAAAAACGUUGCCCAAACGUUGCCCAUUCCUCCCCUUCCCCCACCCACCCGCACCCCCAGCUCGUCCAGCGGAUCAUGGUGGUAGGGCGCUAUGGCGUGCGUCUCUUCCCGCCCACCCUCCUUGCUUUCCCAUGCUCCUUUCUUCUCCCUCCCGCCUCCCCUGCCGCACCCAUCCCCAUCCCCCGCUUCCCGCCUACCCCUUUCCCCACCUACACCCGCAGCUCUUACAGCGCAACAUGGGGAGGCAAUACAACGUGCACCUCUCUGCGCCUUACCUCCUCCUGGGGCCCUCUGGAGCCCUGGAUGGUGGGGAGAGGGGUGGAUGGUGGGGAGAGGGGUGGAUGGUGGGGAGAGUGGUGGAUGGUGGGAAAAGGGGUGGAUGGUGGGGAGAGUGGUGGAUGGUGGGGAGAGGGGUGGAUGGUGGGGAGAGGGGUGGAUGGUGGGGAGAGGGGUGGAUGGUGGGGAGAGGGGUGGAUGGUGGGGAGAGUGGUGGAUGGUGGGGAGAGGGGUGGAUGGUGGGGAGAGGGGUGGAUGGUGGGGAGAGGGGUGGAUGGUGGGGAGAGGGGUGGGUGGUGGGGAGAGGGGUGGAUGGUGGGGAGAGGGGUGGAUGGUGGGGAGAGUGGUGGAUGGUGGGGAAAGGGGUGGAUGGUGGGGAGAGUGGUGGAUGGUGGGGAGAGGGGUGGAUGGUGGGGAGAGGGGUGGAUGGUGGGGAGAGGGGUGGGUGGUGGGGAGAGGGGUGGAUGGUGGGGAGAGGGGUGGAUGGUGGGGAGAGUGGUGGAUGGUGGGGAAAGGGGUGGAUGGUGGGGAGAGUGGUGGAUGGUGGGGAAAGGGGUGGAUGGUGGGGAGAGUGGUGGAUGGUGGGGAGAGGGGUGGAUGGUGGGGAGAGGGGUGGAUGGUGGGGAGAGUGGUGGAUGGUGGGGAGAGGGGUGGAUGGUGGGGAGAGGGGUGGAUGGUGGGGAGAGGGGUGGGUGGUGGGGAGAGGGGUGGAUGGUGGGGAGAGGGGUGGAUGGUGGGGAGAGUGGUGGAUGGUGGGGAGAGGGGUGGAUGGUGGGGAGAGUGGUGGAUGGUGGGGAAAGGGGUGGAUGGUGGGGAGAGUGGUGGAUGGUGGGGAAAGGGGUGGAUGGUGGGGAGAGUGGUGGAUGGUGGGGAAAGGGGUGGAUGGUGGGGAGAGUGGUGGAUGGUGGGGAGAGUGGUGGAUGGUGGGGAAAGGGUGGAUGGUGGGGAGAGUGGUGGAUGGUGGGGAAAGGGGUGGAUGGUGGGGAGACGGGUGGAUGGUGGGGAGUGUGGUGGAUAGUGGGGAGACGGGUGGAUGGUGGGGAGUGUGGUGGAUGGUGGGGAGACGGGUGGAUGGUGGGGAGGGAAUGGGGAGGGGAGUGGAUGGUGGAUUGCCAAGGCGAUGGGGUUGUGCUUGUAUUGUUCGACACGAGUGCAGGCAAGGUGGCGGGGGACGCUGAUGGCGUCAUUCAUUCUGGCGUGUGA